AGACUUCUUUGUAGAUUUCAUUUCAAUCAGAGCAGUUCACUUUACAAUUUCCAUACAUUAUUCCCAAUAUGAUAAUUUGUGAGCCAGCCAUGGUUCUUCUUACUGUGCUUUUCCCAUGCAUCAUUUCCACAUAUUCAGCAUCAGUCAAAGGCCACAAUACUGGUCCUCGAAUAAACAAUGACAAAUUAUAUAAAUUUGCCUAUUCCACCCAAGUUCUUAUCGACAGAGUGAGAGGUUUACCCCACGAGAGUGUGGGCUAUCGAAUUUCCUCUGGAGUGGAUGUCAACUUAAUAUGGAGAAAUCCCAACAAUGACGAUGACCAGUUGAUCAAAAUUGUGAUUACAGAUGUAUCACUUGAAAAUGUGAAUGAGCGUCCUGUAGCAAAAGACAUUUUUCAGCAGAAAAACACCAAUAAACUAUAUGAAGAAGAGCAUCUUGCUGCUUUAAAAAGGCCUGUAUUUCUGCACUGGAUUCGUGGAAAGGUUAAAAAUUUCUACGGUUAUGAAGAUGAACCUUCUAUUAUCAAGAAUCUUAAGAGAGGCCUGGCUAGCUUGUUUCAAAUACAGCUAAACUCUGGAACUACAAGCGAGAUCGAUAUCUGUGGAAAAUGCAAUGUGACUUAUCAAGCUCGGCAGAAUCAGAUCACUAAAGUGAAAGCCUUGAACUCUUGCCAGUUAGAACAGCCAAGUGUAACCAACCGCAAUCAGCUCUUCGAGGUGAAGAAAAAAUCCACUUCCGCUGUAAUUUAUGUACUGGAGGACAGCUUCAUUAAAUCUGUGCGGGCUGAAGAAAAUCAUAUUUUUAAUUUGAAAUCUCUGCAACUUAUUGAUGCAAAAGUUAUUUCCAAGCAGAAACUGGAACUGAAGUCCACUGAAGCUGGUCCAAGAAUGAAGGCUGGGAAGCAAGUUGCCAGCAUUAUAAAGGCUCUGGAUUCAAAUUAUGUGGCAAUUUCUUUGAUGGCAGAUCCUGUCUCUGAUGAAUGCAAAAGUUGUCCAUCACUGUUUCAGCAGUGGAUGGUCAUCCGAAAACAGCUUGAACCAGAUAAUCUUUCAAAAGCCGAUGCCGCAAAAGGAUUUUUGUCAUUUAUCGAGAGCCUGAAGAAAGCAACAAAAGAAGAAAUCUUACAGCUACUGAGAAAUGAAAAUAAUACAGAAAUACUUCCCCAACUAGUUGAUGUGGUGGCGUCCACACAUACUUCAGCCUCUCUGGAAGCGAUGUUGGAUUUUCUGGAUUUCAAGAACAAGAGUGGAUCUCUCCUUCAGGAACGGUUCCUCUAUGCUUCGGGUUUCACUUCUCAUCCCAAUGAGUUAUUACUCAGAUCUUUAAUUAAUAAAUACAGGAGUCCAAUUGGUAAUAAUGAAAUCAGAGAAAUGGUUAUUAUUAUUGCCGGCGCACUCAUCAGAAAACUGUGCAACGUGGGAGGCUGCAAACUGCCUGCUGUUGUGGAAGCCAAGAAACUGAUAUUCCAAGGCUUGAACAGAGCAGAUAAAGCUGAUGAUGUGAAGAUGUUCCUUUUGGCACUGAAAAAUGCCCUUUUGCCAGAAGCUGUUCCUGUGCUGCUGAAAUUCGCUGAGUCAGGAGAAGGACCUAUCAGCAACAUUGCUGUUACUGCUCUACAGCGAUAUGAUCAUUCAUCCAUAACUGCUGAGGUGAAAAAAACCAUGAACAGGAUUUACCACCAGAAUUAUAAAGUUCAUGAGAAGACUGUACGAACCACAGCUGCUGCUAUUAUCUUCAACAGCAACCCUUCCUUCAUGGAAGUUAAAAACCUCCUCCUCUCUAUUGGAGAGCUGCCACUGGAAAUGAAUAAGUACAUGCUUUCACUAGUCCAGGACAUACUACGUUUUGAAAUGCCUGCCAGCAAAAUGAUCCGUAAAGUCCUGAAGGAUAUAUUGAUUCAUAAUUAUGACCGAUUUUCAAAAAUGGGUUCUUCUUCGGCCUUCUCUGGUUACCUAACACGUGGCCAAGUUCUAUCAUCUACAUAUAGCCUUGAUAUACUGUACUCUGGUUCCGGUAUCUUAAGAAGAAGCAACAUGAAUAUCUUUCUUUUCAGUAAAUUUGCUCAACUUCAUGCCAGCCAGGUGGUAAUUGAAGCUCAAGGUCUGGAAUCUAUUAUAGCUGCAUCUGCAGAUGAAGGAGAAGAAAAUCUUGACUCCUUUGCUGGUUUGUCAGCAAUCAUGCUUGAUGUUCAACUCCGGCCAGUUACCUUUUUCCAAGGAUAUAGUGAUUUAAUGUCUAAAAUGUUCUCAGCCACUGGAGACCCCAUUAAUGUAGUAAAAGGGCUCAUCCUUCUGUUGGAUUUCUCACAGGUUAUCCAGCUGCAAUCUGGGCUGAUUUGCAAUGCCGAAUUCAAGGGAGGUAUGACUAUCGAUGCAUCUGGAGGAAUGGAGUUCAGCCUUUGGUACAGAGAAUCCAAAACAAAAGUUAAAAAUCGGGGAGCUGGGGCUAUGAUUGGUAACUUCGUUGUGGAUGCUAUGUUUGUAAAGGCUGGCCUGGAAACGACUUCUGAAAUUGAAGCAAUGUUGGAUUUUGUUACCACAGUGAAAUUUUCACAAUACCCAUUUUUGGUCUGCAUGCAGAUGGAUAAAACCGAAAGUCCAUUUAGGCAAUAUCUAACAAAAUAUGAAAGUCUUCCUUCUGGAAAGCCGUACAUCUCUCGGAAAAGAAAAGUGAGCUUGGUGGCAGGUUCUGAAUAUCCCCUUCACCAAGAAAAUUCCCACAUGUGCAGGGAAGUCUUCAGUAACGAAGACGAUUUUUCUGAAACUUGGUUUUGAAAUAGGCACCUGAUCUUGCAUUUCACCAAAAACCUAGCUGAUUCUGGCUUCACAGUUUUGCUACCUUCGUUUAGGGCCUAAACCUGUAAUUUACAAGUCUGUGAGAACUUUGUUGUAUUGAACUUUAAGAGGCCCAGGAUUGAGUCUUGUGCACUGUGUUUACAUAUUUACAUAUAUUUAAAAGAUUUAUUUUGGGUUUUGUUUGUAACAUGUUAGGAAUACAAGUUAUUUCAAAUCCAGAUGUUCAUUGAAGACCAUUAGAGGUGAUAGGACAUAAUUCUGCUUGAAUCUCUUAAGAACAUUUUCUGUUGUUUAAGAGGAAAAAUAACCUGCUGGUGAGAUACUUGAUGGAACUGAAGUUUUAAUCAGUUCCUCACUGUCUUCUGUAAUUUAAAAUCACUCCUUACACCCCAUUCAAAAUUGUUAGCCUUGGACAGAAAAAAACCCCUAAUACCGUAUGUCUUGUUUUACCUCUCUGCGAUUUCAACAGCCAUUUCAGUGACUUAACAGCAGUAAUUUUAGAGCUGCUAGUAUAUUUUCUCUUAGGGUCACAGGGUUCACUACGGAGCUUAUAUAAUUCUUGACUGCAAAUUUUUCUAAUUUUCCAUGCUAGGGAAAUUAUGUCCGGGGAAAUGUGCACUACAUUUCAUUGUAAAUACAUACAAAUUAAAAUGAAAAUUUUAGUGUAAAAUUUUAAAAAUAACUAUCAACUUUGAUAACAACAGAAACUGAAAAAAAUGCUAUCAGAUUUUUAUAAUGAGAAGGAAACUGAAAUUUGAAAUAUUUAAACAACAAAAGAAAAAAGCUGCAAUAAAUCCAGUCAGACGUUUCCUUUUCUCGUAUUUAUUUUCUUUAAGAUUAAUAUCAUUUGGUGUUACAAGUCAAAACACAGCAAACAUGUAUUGUUUCUUAAACCACACAAAAUCUAUGUUCAUUAUGAGAGUUCUUGAAAAUUACUCAAUAAAACAAACACUAUUUAAACAUAUAUUAAGGUUGCCCUUCUCAGCUAUUUUACAUUCAGUGUUGAGAAAUCAUAACUUUAAUGGAACCAUUAAAAUGUGGCUGCUGAUAAAAAAAAAUCUAUAUAAAAAUCAUCUUUGCUAAAAUUGCUUGAAGAAUCAUUAGCACAAUCCAAUGAAGAUGUGUUCUUAAUACAGUGUGUAGAUAUGUUUCACCAGAUGUUUUUUUUAACUAGAAUAUGUUUUAGAUACUAUUUACCUGUUAAAGAAUAAUUAUCGUGUAUAAUUUUUCAGAAGUAUUCAUCUAAUCUUGCUCAUUAGUAAAUGCAUUUUAAGAUUGCAGCUAAGUUUUAAGUUAACAACUCGUGUUCAUAAUUUAUCUUUAUUUUAACUUUUAUAUGCAUAUGUUAGUUCUAUUUGAAAAGAGGAUCAGAAGACAAAACCUGAUUUUAGUGUAAACAAACAUAGUCCAAGAUGGUGCUUUGUCAAUAUCUUAUAUGCUGCAAGUAACAAUGUGAUGGUCAUUCAUCACAAAACUGGAACAGAAGCCAGGAGAAAAUCAGAGAUCAAGAACAGAAUGUUUCUUUUCCCUCUUUCUCAGUUUAUUAUGGCUUUAUAGUAAUCUUUUCCAUAUGCUAGGUUGGAAAUUGAUGCCUAUACCACUGUAUGAUGUAAGGACUUGUAAUUUUUUGACUUGACUGGAAAAUAUUCCCUCCCUCGUUUGAGAAGUACAAAAUUUAAUUAGCUUUAAAUUAAUCCAUCUAUGUAAUGGAAAAAUUGUUGUGGCUUCCUUCCCCCACCCAUUUUCUAAUAAAAGUACCUUAUGUGGAAUUGCCCUCAAAUACUCAUUUCAAAACAGAUAGUAUAAUGAGUAAAAAAAAAAAGAGAGCCUCUGAAUUGAGGACUGCUUAGACAUUCAGGGAUGACUAGGUCCCACUAACAAUGCUCUCAUCUGAGACCAUACAGUGUAUAUAUUGUCUUAGUACAGAUUUUCUGUUUUACUAUUUUGGUUUGUUUGUAACUAAAAAAAAAUAUGUGAAUCAGUGCUGUUACUGUUUUUCUGCCAAAGUCUUGAAUGGUUUCGAAGCUUUGUAACUGAGUUCAUACAACAAGCUAUGUUCUAGAUCUAGAUUAACAAAAGAACAGUUUAUAUAAUGCCUCUCCAAAUUAAAUCAUAUUAUGGCUUAAUAUGAUGGUCCAGCUCAUACAAAUGUUAAGUCACUGAUGAGUUUCUUAUAACAUGUAGACCUACGAACUAUCACCCCUUUUUAGUCUAAAUUAGCAUGCUGAGCAGAUCCAGCCUAUAAACUGCCCAUUAUAACAGGUGCAGUCAAACUUUCAUAGGUAGCAAAGGAGAGAUUUUGAUAGAUAGGACUACAAUGAGCAGAGAACAUCAUGUAAAGCAUUAGGGCUACUGGUAGAUUUUUAAGAGGGGAGAAAGGAUAGAAUUUUUACUAUUGUAGAUUUUACCAUAUAAUAAAAGUCUCAAACUGUAAGCAGUAAUUUUAGUCUGUUUCAUACCUAUACACAGAAUUAUGCUAGUUUCAGUUGGAAACUGCCAAAUUUUCAUCUCAAAGAGUUUAGGUGCUCAGAAAAGAAUGGUUUAGUGUUAUGAACAGGUUGUAGACCAUACAUUGCUUCCUCCUACUGUGUUUUAAAACCCUGUACUGCUAUGAAGGUCAGUUUAAGUCGAUGCUGAGAAAGGGCAUGGGAAAUGGCCUUCCACAUAUGUAUUGGCAUAUACAUAUGACAGUAUGACAUAGUCAUAGCCACUAUUAAGCAUUUCUGUUCUACUGAGUAUUUUUGCAUGCCUGUAGUUGGCAUAUCUAAAGAGGGAUUUGGUGGUUCAGUAGCUAAAACGCUGAGCUUGUUGAUAAAAGAUUGGCAGUUCAGUGGUUCAAAUCUCUAGUGCCGUGUAACGGGGUGAGCUCCUGUUACUUGUCUCAGCUUCUGCCAACCUAGCAGCUCGAAAGCACAUAAAAAAUGCAAGUAGAAAAAUAGGGACCACCUUUGGUGGGAAGGUAACAGCAUUCCGUGCGUCUUUGGCGUUUAGUCAUGCCAGCCACAUGACCAUGGAGACGUCUUCGGACAGCGCUGGCUCUUCGGCUUUGAAACGGAGAUGAGCACCACCCCCUAGAGUCAGGAAUGACUAGCACAUAUGUGCGAGGGGAACCUUUACCUUUUAGUUGGCAUACCUUACCAGAGUAUCUGGCCAUUUCUUCCAAUUAGGUCUGUUCCAUUUUAGCCAUUAAAACCAUAUGAUCAGUGUUAUAGUUAUUGGAAAGAUUCUAGAAAAAACAUUUGUUAACGAUACAGUAUAUAGCCUCUUCUUUGCAGGUGCUGUGUUUACCUAUUUGGUAAAUAGUAAAUAAAGAAUAUUGAAAUAAUAGAAGCAGAUCUACACUCUGUUUACAUAUGCAUUUGGUGGAUUUAGUUAAGGUUGUAGGAUUGCAUCUUAUGUCUUACCUUCUUGAAAACAAAUUUCUCACAUAAGGGUUUUGAAAGUUCCUACCUAGGCAUUAGCAAAGCUUAUAAUUUGUUCUUAGCAAACUUAGAUAUUUUCUUCCCAGAUAAUUAUCAAACACUCCACUGGCCAAAUUAUUCAGAAGUGACUAAAUGUUUUUAUUGCUACUGUGUAAUAAUAAUAAAUAUAUAUCUGAUCCACCCAAAA